GCCUAGACUGGCACAGAAGAAUUGUUAUGUGAGUUUUGACUAUUAACCACUCUCCGAAAAUUAAUCAGAAAGUAUUGGCGGCUUAAUUUUCUCUCUCUUUCGUUCCAAGUUCAAACCACACAGAAACAAGUGUCCCUCCAUUUCCCGGCGCAAGUUGGAGGAGCCAGUACGAUUUAGGCACAGUAUCUAAGCUCGAGCUAAUGUCCCUUUGUUAUGGUUUUUCUAGGGUGUCCUUUUCAGUCCUUUUGGAUUCUCACCCAGCAACCGAAAUUUCAGCUGCAGAGCGAACUGGGUUUCCAACGUUUCUAGGGUUUCUUUUCCGGAUAAUAUUGCAUAUUUAGGGUUCUGGGUUUCUUCUGUCUUCAAAGAAGUCUACGUUGACAGCGGAGAUCAAAUAGGUGCUUUGGAGAAGGGCGAUGCGGACGGAGGCUCGAGUUGGAGUCGUCGUUGAGGGUGGCCAGAUAGCUCUCAGCUCUGCUCAUGCUGGUGUCGUCGAUGGCGGCGCUCGGAAGUUUGUUCAGCAGCAAUCGUUGCAGCAACAGUCGCAGAUAGGAUCGGUAUCGCAUCUGCUCGCCGGAGGCAUUGCAGGCGCCGUCAGUAAAACCUGCACAGCUCCCCUCGCUCGCCUUACUAUCCUAUUUCAGGUACAAGGUAUGCACUCUGAUGUUGCGAGUUUGAGCAAGGCUAGCAUUUGGCAUGAGGCUUCACGUAUCUUUUCUGAAGAAGGUAUCAGAGCAUUCUGGAAAGGGAAUCUCGUCACAAUUGUUCAUCGUCUUCCUUAUUCUUCUGUCAGCUUCUAUGCUUAUGAACGCUACAAGAAUUUACUAAAGUUGACUCCUGGGCUACAAAGUCAUGGAGAAAACAUAGGUGCGGACCUCUGUGUGCGACUAGUAGGUGGUGGCUUGGCUGGAAUAACAGCUGCAUCCAUCACAUAUCCAUUGGAUCUUGUGAGGACACGUCUUGCAGCUCAGAGGAAUGUGACGUACUACCGUGGCAUUUGGCAUACACUUUGCACGAUUAGCAGAGAUGAGGGUGCUCUUGGCGUUUAUAAAGGGCUUGGAGCAACCUUAUUGGGCGUUGGGCCCAGUUUAGCAAUUAGCUUUUCUGUUUAUGAGACAUUGAGAUCUUCUUGGCAUUUGCGAAGGCCCCAAGAUUCUACAGUACUUGUGAGCCUAGCUUGUGGCAGUCUUUCAGGCAUUGCAUCAUCCACAGCUACAUUCCCUCUGGAUCUUGUGAGGCGACGGAUGCAGUUGGAAGGGGCAGCUGGUCAAGCCCAUGUCUAUAAGACAUGUCUUUUUGGGACUUUCAAGCACAUUAUCAGGACUGAAGGCUUUCGGGGUCUCUACCGGGGAAUAUUGCCAGAAUACUACAAGGUUGUCCCAAGUGUGGGCAUCGUCUUCAUGACUUAUGAAACAAUAAAGAUGCUUCUCUCAGAUAGUCCUGACAAUUAGCUGUCACUGCCAUUCUUAGGCUUGCCCUGAUCAUACUUGAGUAUAAGUUCGGUAACCUUUUCAAUCUCUAAUGCCAUAUGGUUUCAUUCAAUAGAUAUAACUAGGUAGAUGAUUAGUUCUUUCAUUACCUUACAGUGGCACCACUCAGUGAUACCCCCUUGGGCAGUCAAUUUUGUGAUUGGUGCCGUGGAAGCAAACAUAUGUUCCUUGUAUAGAUAGAGAGAACUUAAUGAAUCACACGUGUAUCCAAAAUAUUUAGUUCUUUCAUUAGUAUUUGUUGACGAUUUUUUUCCAUUGUAACAGUUUUGUUUGUCGAAGCUUGUUUUUUUUUUUUUUAGUUACUUUUCAUGUUCACUUGUACUUGCAUGAAUUUGGAGGUGCAUUUUAUGAACACCUUGUUGCUGAGAAAGUUUUGCCUAUCGAUGAGUAGUGGAUUUUUACCAUUAGAUGUGAUAAGAUGAAGAGUUUUGUGUGUCCCAGCUGGUUUUUAUUGCAUUCUGUACUGAGAACACGUUCUAGAUUGUAAAAAUGCCGUUUGGUAAACAUUCCAUUCUCAUACCUUACAUUGUUGCCAAGAAUGCAACCUGAAUCUAGGAUGUGAUUUUUUUUCCCAUACUGCGUUCUCAUUCUUCAGCUCAAGUCACCCUUCCCAAGCCUUGAUAUCAAUCUCUCUGCCUCAGUUGAUUACUUCACAUCCUGUUUUCUGCCUUCGUUCAUCUUCUUGAUCUUCUGAGAUCAACCAAUGGACUACACCCGGAAAGUUUGAAAAAAAAAUGAACGUUGGAAGGUUUUAAGGAAAUAAAUUGAUUUCGCACGAAGAGCAUGGCAUGGUUAUAAAUUUCCGAAUACAAAAUUCAAAAAUGGCUAUGUAAGACUAUUGAGAAGGGCGUUUACUACAAGAACUAGAAGAACAAGAAGCAAUUCUUCAUCUUGGCAGGAAAUUGCUUGUUCGCCCCUUCCAUGUAAAGCUUAUAUAGGAGUCUGAACUUAAUUGAAUCUUGCCUGUAGAGCAAAUGAAUUUAUGGUGAUUGUUAGAAUCUUAGGAUCACAAGUUCCUGUGCUAGUGUUGGCUGUGGUAAGGAGUGGGCUUUCGUUAAGGGUUUGGAGGUAGAGAAAUGGGCUCCUGCUAAGGAGCUUGCCAACUGCUUUCUGAUUCGGUUGUUCCUACUUUUGUGACUGCUCACCAAUUGCGCAGAGAUGGAUGGACAUAUUAUAAUUUAUAGAAUUAUAAUAGAUUGGCUAUUAAACAGAGCUUUUGGGUGAUCGGGGGAUGCCACGAUGGCCAACCAUAUUGAACCAGUGUGACCUCAUAAAAUUGUUUGGAUACAUAUUCAGCUUUUUUGAUGAUGCCCAUCAAUUAUUCGAUGAAAUGUAGGAAAGGGAUUUCAUCUCUUUUUCAAGAAACUGGUUAAUAGAGAAAAAAAAAAGUUCUAAAAUUAAGAAUAGACUUUUGCUGAAUGUAUAUCUAAACAAUGUUCUCAUUCUUUGUUAAGGACCAUCCUGCAUUUCAAGAGAAUGUACAUUCUUAGAAUGGGAAUGCAUACCAAACAUAGCCCAAGUAUGUGUAAAAUCACCAAAAUAUCACCAAUUUUCUCAAAAUGAUCGAAGUAUACAAAAUAGCUGUUGAAAUGAUCAAUAUAGUUCGGUUCACCAAAAGGUUAUGCAAAAUGGGUUAAAAUACACGCAGUUAUUUGUAACACCCUGAUUUUAGAACCCAACCUUAGAAAUAGAAAGUUUAUGGAGAAGGGUACAUGGUGGUGGAAAGAAUUUAUAAUCAGACGUCUAGCAUAAAGUAAAGAGGAAAGGAUACCUAACUACAUAAGUGGGGAAGGGUCCCACAUAAGGUGGGGUACCUUAGCUAGAGGACUGGACAGCAGGGGAACAAAAAUGGCUUAACCGGUUGGAGAGCCUUUGCCCAACCGGCCUACCAGUUCGAGUAACAGAAUGCCCAAAAAAUUGAAAGUUUCUCUGUGGGCCCCACUAUUUGACAGGGUUUUUCCACCUAUCUUCUAUCAUGGUUAGGGGGAUAUUUAAGGGUUUUAAUGCAGGUGGUUUCAUAGUAAACCCUAUUUCCUAUCAAAAAAUUAUUUUAAGUCAAAGAGGGUAGAAAAAUGUUUUUGUUAUAUAGAACAUGUUUAGCCAAACAGACCUUAGGCGCUGUUUAGCAUUAUAUAAGGGGUAUUGAUAGGCCGGCAAUUUUUCUUAGAAGGGAAGGAGAGAAAAGAGACGAGAAAGAAGGAAGAAGAAGAAGAAAAAGAUGAAGAAAAGGAAGAGAGAAGGGUUGAUCGUGCCUUCUGCGGAACCUAAAUCACCCAGCGAAGAUACGCAGUGAUGGGAAUUCAACGGUAACAAUUGGAUUUUGGGUUUUCAAUGAGCGGUGAGGUGCAGUGAGCACCGAUGGCUGAGAACAUCAAGGCACACGACCCAAGAGGCUCCGAGCCAACCGAUGCAAUGACUGCAAAUGAUUUUCAUGCCUAGUUGUGAGGGAGCACCUAGACGUUUUCACAUAGUAAUUUUGCAUCACAAAAAAAGAGGGAGAAUGUUAAGAUAUUGCAUAUUUGUAUAUGUUUUUGGUGAUUCCUACUUGUGUCUUAGGCAAAAAAACCUAUUAUACUUGUUAUAUCCCCCUCACUUUUUAAGUUUUAUAAUGUGGAUGAUAUGAUUAAAUGGUUAUAUGUGUAAUAGUUCUUGGUGGUCAACUUCAAUCAAAAUGCCCAAAUUGUUGAGAAUUA